GAAAUGUGUUUGGGUCUCCAGUGGUCAUGGACAAACCAGUGUGCUUGAUUGACACGGCGUCCGAUGGGAAGCUGUGUGUGCAGGGGUCAGCGUUGCAGGUUCUGGAGCAGAUCCAGCAGCCCGUGGUGGUGGUGGCUGUGGUGGGUCUCUACCGCACCGGGAAGUCCUAUCUGAUGAAUCGACUGGCAGGGAAACAAACAGGGUUUGCACUGGGCAGCACAAUCGAGUCCAAGACGAAGGGCAUCUGGAUGUGGUGCGUGCCUCACCCCACUAAAGCAGAAACCACUCUGGUGCUGCUGGACACCGAGGGACUCGGAGACGUGGACAAGGGCGACUCAAAGCAUGACACCAGGAUCUUCUCUCUGGCUGUCCUUCUGAGCAGCACUCUAGUCCUGAACAGUCGAGGAACUAUUGACAACAGGGCUAUAGAGGAACUGCAAUACGUCACUGAGCUAACAGAGUACAUCAAGAUCAAGUCACCUGAUGAAGCUGUAGAUGAUGCAGAGUUUGUCAAGUUCUUCCCCAGUUUCAUCUGGGCCGUGAGGGACUUCACUCUGCAGCUAAACAUCGAUGGGAAAGACGCAACAGAGGACGAAUACCUAGAGUUUGCUCUGAAGCUAAAACUAGGUAACUCGAGUCAAGUGAACAAUUACAACCUUCCAAGAGAGUGCAUUCGCAAAUACUUCCCAUCUCGGAAAUGUUUCACCUUCCCGUUCCCAACCAAUCCAGACAAUGUCUCUUAUCUGGAGACACUGGACCCAGCUGAGAUUUCACAAAGAUUCUUGGAGGUCACGGGUCGUUUCUGCCAGUUUAUCUUUGACCAGAGCCAAGUGAAAAAUCUGAAAGAUGGACACACGGUCACCGGCAGAGUUCUGGGUCAUCUAGUAAAAACAUACGUAGACACCAUCGCCAGUGGAGCUGUGCCGUGUCUGGAGAAUGCUGUGAUCUCAAUGGCACUGAUUGAGAAUGAGGCUGCGGUGAAGGAGGGGCUUGAGGUGUACCAGAGUGGAAUGGAGAAGCUGAAGAAGUCCUUCCCUCUGGAACUGAACGAAAUCACCUCGGAACACCAAUGCUUCAGUCUCAUGGCAACACAGACCUUCAUGAAACGCUCCUUCAGGGACAGUGAUGGGAAGUACUUGGCAUCUUUAGAGGUCGGUGGGAGUGGACAGAUUACAACAAUAGAUGGUUUCAAGUCACUUUACGGAUUGCUCACAUUUUAACUGCUAAUUAGGACUUUUAAGUAAUUAUGACUGCAUUAGCUUACAUUUUUACCCAUUACAAUACUCCCUUUACAGUUACUGCCAUCUUAAAAAUACACUUAAAUGUAGGUUUAAAAUCCAACAAAAGGCACAUUUAAUGUCCAACAACAAAUAUUUUAGCAAAAUGCAUAUUUUACUCAGAACUAUUGCGCUAUUAUUCUAUUGCGCUCCGUCUGUUUAGCGCGCAGCAGCGCUCAUUCUCUCGCCCACUCCUGACAGCACAAUGGAUAUGUUUGC